UCCUCAUCAAUAAAUCCAUUAAAAUCAAGUUCCUAUUCGACCACAAACUCAUACAUACAUUAAACCAAACCAUGUGCCUUCUCAUUGAUACUUACAUUACAACUUUGUAGAUAAUGAAUUGAGAGAAAAAAAAGAAGAAGCAAGCAUCAUGAGGAGCCUCUCUCUCCUCCUCAUCCUCUCUCUCAUAGCCAUCCUAUCCCAACCCACAUUCUCCAAAUCAGUUCGAUGCCACCCUCAAGACAAGAAAGUCCUCCUCAAAAUCAAACAACACUUCAACAACUCAUAUGACUUCUCCUCGUGGAACCCCGACACCGACUGCUGCACUUGGUACAUAGUCAAGUGCGACCGCCUCACAAACCGCAUCACCAGAUUCAAUCUCAUCACCGCGGACGACGUCGCAGGGCCCAUCCCGGAUGCCAUUGGCGACCUCCCCCACCUCACAUCCCUAACCUUCCACAAACUCCCAAACCUCAUCGGCUCGAUCCCACCCGCCAUCACGAAGCUAACCAACCUCCAAAGCCUCACCAUCACCUGGACCAACGUCUCCGGCCCCAUCCCGCCCUUCCUCAGCCAGCUCAAGAACCUCACCGGCCUCUACCUAUCCUUCAACAACCUCACUGGCUCAAUCCCUCCCUCCCUGGCCCAGCUCAGGCUCCUGACGGGCCUGAGCCUGGACAGGAACAGGCUCACUGGGAGCAUCCCAGAAGCGUUGGGGGAUAUCCCAGCGAGCCUGAUGUACAUUGACCUGUCGCACAACCAGCUCUCGGGGAGCAUCCCCAAGGGCUGGGGCAAGUUCAACUUCACGACACUUCAGCUGGAGCGGAACAGGCUCGAAGGGGACGCUUCGGGCCUGUUCGGGAAGAGUAAGAGCAUUGAGAAUGCUGACCUGUCGAGGAAUAUGUUUGCGUUUGACCUGACUAAAGUGGAGAUUCCGUACCAGUUGAGGUACUUGGACAUGAACCAUAAUAAGAUAUUCGGAUCGUUGCCGGCGGGGCUCGAGCCGCUGACGUUUGUGAAUGUUAGCUACAACCGGCUGUGCGGCCGGAUUCCGACCGGCGGGGUAUUUCAGGAAAUGGAUUAUUUGUCGUUUUUUCACAAUAAGUGUUUGUGUGGGCCACCCUUGCCCGACUGCAAAUGAGAGUAGUAAUUUUGUACACUCCAUUUUCUCUCUAUGGAAUCUUGAAUAAAAUUUUAUUCCAAAUGUUUUACUUUUACA